AGUCCGCAAAGUCUUGGACACCUCGCCUUGAUCGCCAUUAGAAUAUACUCUGAAGAAAUGGAAGGAAGCAGGCAGUUGUCUCAUAAAGUACCAAGUCUUGUUCAGUACUGUAUGGGCAGAACAAAUCAACAGAGCACCGAGAGCUAGAGGGUGCGACUGCGAGCAAGGAAUCAGGCGUCCCGCAUCCCCCACGGGAUGGGCGACGAGGCGAGGGCGCGGCGGCUGACCGCCAUCGCGAGGAAGUGGCUGGUGGACCCCCGCGUCGGGUACUCCGGCGAUCUCCACCCCGCCGCCAGCGAGCGACAAGAGCUCAGCUGCAUGGUGAUGGCCGGCGCGCGCGUCUCCCUCGCCGAGCCCGGCCGCGUGGUCUGCUCGCUAAGCGUGCGCGCCCCGCUCACGGACGCGGAGGGGAGGUGGCACGCCGGGGCGGUCGCCGCGGCGGUGGACAAUAUGUGCUCGGCGGUGGUGUUCACGGUGGAGGGCGCGCCCACGGUCACCGUCCAGUACAGCCUGUCCUACUUCUCGCCGGCCCAUCCCGACGACGAAGUCGAGAUGGAGGGGCGAGUGGUGAGCCGGAAGGGGAAGCUGACGUCUGUGGCGGUGGAGGUGCGCAAGAAAAAGUCCGGCGAGCUGGUUGCAAUCGGGAGGCAGUGGGUGGCACCUGCCUGGCCAAUCAAGAGCAACAAAAGCAGCAAACUCUGAACAAGUGUGAACAAUGAUCUGUUUUCAACGCAUUUUCGAUCAAAUAAGCUGCUUUCUUGCUGGUAUGGCAGCGAGACACUGACCUGAUUCCUGCCGUCAGAUGUCCCCAAUCCAAUCUGCAACGCCAGAAAAAACGUCGGCAGGAGAAACAGCCGUCAGCGUGCGGGCGCCUUCGCCUCGCCGGCUCGCCGUAUGCCCCUCACAAUCUCAGGCCGCCGCACUUCCGUCGCGCGGCCGCGGCAGCAUCUAUGGAGGAGAUGGGACCUAGAGCGGCGUGCGCAGGGAGCCGCGUCUCCGGCUAGGCGGGGAAUCUCGAAUAUUGAACGCCGGGAUGCAAGGAGACGGGGUUAGCGGAGGUCACCGGCGGCGGCGCAGGCACGGCGGCUGUUCCGGCUCCGGCCCCAAAAUGUUUGCAAAACGCCUUCUGGUUUGGAUCGCGAUUACCGGAUGAGGGAACUAACUGUAAAUUGUUGGAUGGGAUAUUACAAAAAUCCCCCUGGUUGGGAUCGCGAUGAUCCAAAUGAGGGUCUAAUUGUAAAAUAGCAGAUCAGAUAUUUAUAACAAUCACCCUGGUUA